AUGUGCAUUCCUACGGAAUAUUUUGCACCCUCUCGUGGAUUUAGACACGUUCUGCUAUUAGACAAGCAACAAGCUGCGCUUCUCGUCAGCUCAGCCGUUGGGCCGGGGAAGGUCUGUCCCCCCUCUGCCAGGCGCUGCCCGCCUCCUCCACCUUCCCGGCUCCUUCCGCGGCCCCCAGGAGCCGAGGUCGCACCUCGGUGCCUCGGGCACCUUCCCCCGGUCGGGCCCUGGCUCUGUGAGGAGGUUCCCCAGCAGCAGCGGAGCCAGGCCCCGAGCCUGCCGCCCGCGGCCCCCCCGGAUGCCGCCGCCGCCCUGCUCCGCCCUUUCCGCCUCCCGCGCCGCCGCCGCUUCCGUGCGGGUGAUGGGGAGGCUGCGGGGGCCGCGGCCGCCGCCGGAGGCAGGGAGGGCGCCCAGGAGCCGCCGCCGUCCCGGGGCCGGGCGCUGCGGCACCGCCACUUAGCGCUGGUGGGUGAGCCAGGGCCGAGCGGGGUGCGGGCCGCGGCCCUGCGCCGUGCCCCCGUCCGUUCCCUGCCUUUCCCCGGGGCGGCUGCUCGUGGGCUGGGGGUCCCGGUGGCGGGAGGAGGUUCCUGCGGGGCCCUGGGGUUUGCGCCGUACGGGGAAAGGGAACGGGCUGGAGGGGCCGGGGCUCGGCGAGGUGUGCACCCGCUGGCGGGAGGCUCCGCGAAGCGCGUGGGGCUGGGAUGCGGGAGCGCUGCUCGGUGGAGGAGGCGCCCUGCAGGUUUGCAGCGAGCACGAAUUUAA